AUACGUUGUUUAUGUAUUAGAUGAAUGAGAGUAAAGAUGGAAGGAAGACCAAUAGGUUUUCAAAACCGGCAUCUAAGUCGGUAUCAACUGACUCCUAUCCACUUGUUUUGGACAUAGAGGACUUCAAGGGCAACUUUUCAUUUGAUGCCUUGUUCGGAAAUUUAGUAAACGAGUUGCUGCCUUCUCAUCUGGAAGAAGAAACCGAUGCCUUGGAAGGGCACGGUGGCAAUGAUGUUAUGCCAAAUGGUCACUUACGAACUCCAUCUGACACUGGAAAAUCAGCACUACAACUAUCAAGUCCAUUGUUUCCUGAAGUAGAUGCUCUACUAUCGUUGUUUAAGAACUCGUGUACACAAUUGAUCGAUCUCAGAAAAGAGGUUGAUGGGAAACUCUCAAACCUCAAAAAGGAAGUUGCUGCUCAGGACUCUAGACACCGGAAAACACUUACUGAGCUGGAAAAAGAUGUCGAUGGAUUGUUUACUAGUUUUGCAAGGUUGGAUUCUCGUAUAUCAAGUGUUGGCCAGACCGCUGCUAAAAUAGGAGAUCAUCUGCAGAGUGCAGAUGCUCAGCGGGAAACCGCAAGUCAAACGAUAGAUCUCAUAAAGUACUUGAUGGAAUUCAAUAGUAGUCCGGGCGACCUAAUGGAACUUUCACCUUUGUUCUCUGAUGACAGUCGCGUCGCUGAGGCUGCUUCCAUUGCACAGAAAUUGAGAUCAUUUGCUGAGGAAGAUAUUGGAAGACAAAGCAUGGCUGUCUCGUCAGUUGUUGGGAAUGCAACUGCAAGCAGAGGAUUGGAAGUUGCUGUUGCUAACCUCCAAGAAUAUUGCAAUGAACUGGAGAAUAGAUUGUUGGCCAGAUUUGAUGCAGCAUCACAAAGAAGGGAACUAUCUACAAUGGCAGAGUGUGCAAAAAUUUUGUCGCAGUUUAACAGGGGUACCAGUGCUAUGCAACACUAUGUGGGAUUACGUCCUAUGUUUGAUUUGGAGGUUAUGAAUGCUGACACUAGAUUGGUUCUUGGUGACCCUGGUUCCCAACCUAGUCCUAGCAAUGUAGCGAGUGGUCUCUCUUCAUUAUACAAAGAGAUUAUAGAAACUGUGAGGAAAGAGGCAGCCACGAUAAUGGCUGUGUUUCCCUCUCCAGAUGAUGUCAUGUCAAUAUUGGUCCAGAGAGUGCUGGAAGACAGAGUUCCCAAACUUCUUGAGAAGUUGUUGAUGAAACCCUCUCUCGUUAAUCCACCACCCAUGGAAGAAGGUGGACUUAUAUUGUAUCUUAGAAUGCUAGCAGUGGCAUAUGAGAAGACGCAGGAGCUUGCUAAAGAUUUACGUGGUGUAGGGUGUGGUGACUUAGAUGUUGAAGGCCUAACAGAGUCUCUCUUUCAUGCCCAUAAAGAUAUAUAUAUCGAGUAUGAGCAGGCAUCUCUUAGGCAGCUAUAUAAAUCAAAGAUGGAGGAACUACGUGCUGAAACCCAGCAGUCAAAUGAGUCUACAGGAACAAUCGGGCGCUCAAAAGGUGCUUCCAUAGCAUCGUCCCACCAACAGAUAUCUGUCACUGUAGUGACCGAGUUUGUGCGCUGGAAUGAAGAAGCAAUCUCUCGAUGCAAUCUGUUCUCAUCACAGCCUGCUACCCUUGCAGCUAAUGUAAGAGCUGUUUUUACGUGCCUUCUAGACCAGGUCAGUCUAUACAUAACAGAGGGGCUAGAAAGAGCUAGAGACAGCUUGACUGAGGCUGCAGCUCUCAGGGAACGGUUUGUACUGGGAACUAGUAUGAGUCGAAGAGUUGCUGCUGCAUCAGCACUAAUGAGCAACAAAGCUAAUGAAUGGGCAUGUAUGUUUUAUGUUAUCUCCAAAUUUCAUGCAUUUCUUUUUGUGAUCAGAGUUGUGGCCUACCUUUCCCGUGUGCUUGAGGCUGCUUUCACUGCUCUGGAAGGUCUUAACAAACAAGCAUUUCUGACUGAAUUGGGAAAUCGCUUGCACAAGGGAUUGCUUAAUCAUUGGCAGAAGUUCACUUUUAACCCAAGUGGAGGACUACGGCUGAAACGUGAUAUAACUGAAUAUGGGGAAUUCGUUCGUAGUUUCAAUGCUCCUUCGGUUGAUGAGAAAUUCGAGUUGCUUGGCAUCAUGGCCAAUGUCUUCAUUGUUGCUCCUGAAAGCCUCUCGACUCUUUUUGAGGGAACUCCAAGUAUUCGAAAAGAUGCACAAACGUUUAUUCAGCUCAGAGAGGACUAUAAGAGUGCAAAGCUGGCAGCUCGACUCAGCUCAUUGUGGGCUAGCUCUAGUUGAAGCAGAAAUUGCAUGCUGAAGAAGAUACAAGUCAAGAAUUCAAUAUUUGUUCAUGACUAGGUGUUCAACUGGGAUGGCUUUUCCAUCCCAUACGAGAUUCUUGUUCAAUACCUUGUGUGGAACAAAAAGCUACUACUUUGAUUGCAAGUUCAGCAAACCAUUCCUUGGAAAGAGUUGAGCAGUUUCUCUGUCUUCAUCUCUAGAUCGUAUUUUCUUAUAGUUAAAAACUCCCUUGCUAUCUUAGGAGUUGGUUCAAGAGAACUUUGGUAAUAGACUUGCUUAUCUGCUGUGACUGCUUGUAUUUCUUGUAAUGCGAUUUGAGAUUUUGCAUCUGUAGAAAUUGAUUGUGAACAAUACAUGCUGAACGGUAUAUAUUGGCAUAGUUGUGCUGAGAUUUUGAGUUGAUCCUCUCAAACUUGGACGAAA